UUUUGUCUCAUAUUUCUAUUUCACAUAUAGAUCUGUUCCUCAAGCAUAAAAUUCAGUCCGUCGUAUCGGUUGAAGCAGAAUGGAGGAUGUGAUGUACAAUUUCUUCAAGGUGUGGGCAUCGGUCGUGGUAUCGUUGAGCUAUUGCUACAUAAUCGGAAAGUUUAUCCAGAAAGGGAUAUCUAGACUCCUGUUGAUCCUCCCAGUUGUGUGUCUCUUCUUUAUCCUUCCCCUCAGCAUCGACUCAAUCAAUCUCAGCGGCCUGACAGGCUUCUUUGUCGCCUGGCUUGCAAACUUCAAGUUGCUGCUCUUCGCCUUCGGGAAAGGCCCUUUAGUGACAGAGGACUCAUGUGGCUCCCUCUCGCGUUUCGUCGUCGUUGCCUGCUUGCCCAUCAAGGUCCGGCAGAAGCGAGCCCAAGGUGGCUGCAAGGACGAGGGCCCGGGUGGGGAGAAGCGUCAGAAGGGCCACAGGUCAUCCCUGAAUUACGCCGUGAAGGCAGUGCUUUUAGCAGCAAUGAUCCAUGUCUACGACUAUAGCGACAGAAUCCACCCCAGGGUUAUCUAUUUCCUAUACUGCUUCCACAUUUACUUCUUCAUGGAGAUCAUUCUAGCCCUCUUAGCAGCUGCCGUUCGAUCCACGUUUGGGAUGGAGCUGGAGCCACAGUUCAACGAACCGCACCUCUCAACUUCCCUCCAGGACUUUUGGGGCCGACGUUGGAACCUCAUGGUCACCAGCAUCCUGCGUCCGACAGUUUAUGUGCCGGUCCGUGAUGCCACGGGGCGGAUGUGGGCCCCGCUACCGGCGGUGUUGACGACAUUCCUGGUAUCGGGACUGAUGCACGAGGUGAUGUUCUACUACCUCCAGGAGGCCAAACGGCGUGCAGCCCCGAUGUGGGACGUCACGGGGUUCUUCCUCCUCCACGGCGUUUGCGUGGUUGCAGAGCUGGCAGUGAAGAAGUUGGUCGCUGGUAGGUGGCAGCUCCCGAAGCUGCUGUCUGGAGCGCUGACUGCUGGGUUCGUGAUUGCAACCGGGCUGAGGUGGUUCUUGCCGCCGCUGCUGAGGAUCCAUGCGGACAAGAGAACACUGGAGGAGUACGGAGUUGUCGGGCGGUUUGUAAAAGACGUGGCUCGAACUGUCUCAGUCUGCUUCCUCAACGCGGUUAACUGCUAAGAUAGCUUGCCAUUUCUUUUCCCUUCAUUCUCUCCUUUUUAUGUCUUUUUCUUUCCGACUGCACGAAACCUAAUAAAUGGACAAGAAAGGGAGAUAAAGGGCAAAAAUAAUUCCACCUACGAGAAUUCAAUCGUAAUCUUUUAAUUGCAAACAAAGGCCUGUGUCAAUGCAAUAUAUUCAUUUCCUUUGUAAUA